UCAUCAAUUUGGAGACACCUGUUGUCGACAAAACUAACGGUAGAGUUGAGUGUUAAGUUUAAACUUAUUUUAUACAGUCUAUAGUUGGAACUUGAUGCUAAAUCUACAAAAUGAAACAAUUGCCAUACAUUAGAGCUUGUUUAAGUUGUGAACUAUUUUAAAAGUGGAUCCAGGGACCGGUUGGCUAACGUUAGCGACAAACUGCAGGCGCAAAAGUAGUUUUUCAACUGUUAGCAUAAGUAGUUCAACUGCUAAAAAUAUCUACAGUUGGCUCCUUAAUUCAAAAAUGAAGGAGAUAAUGAAGUGUGUGGGCCACCAGCAGACCAGCCAGCUGCUCCAUAACAAGUUCAUUGUGGUGCUGGGAGACUCCAUUCAGCGGUCUGUGUACAAGGACCUUGUUCUGCUGUUGCAGAAGGAUAAAUAUCUCUCUUUAAAACAACUCAAGAGCAAGGGUGAGAUGAGCUUUGAACAGGACUGCCUGGUGGAAGGAGGUUGUCUAAGUGAAAUGCACAAUGGAACAGAGUACCGGGAGGUCCGGCAGUUUCAGUCCGCCCACCACCUGGUCCGCUUUUACUUUGUGACCCGCAUCUACUCUCACUACAUGCGGAGCAUCCUAGAUGAGUUCCGCCACGGCUUGAAACCUGAUGUAGUCGUUGUCAACUCCUGCGUUUGGGAUAUUUCAAGAUACAACGCCACCUGGCUUGAUAACUACAAGAAGAACCUCCAUACUUUCUUUGGCGAGCUGAGUGGGAUCCUGCCAGAGGAAACACUGAUUGUAUGGAACCUCACCAUGCCCUUAGGAGAGAGGAUCAAUGGUGGUUUCCUGGUGCCCGAGAUUGAGCACAAGGUUUCCCACUUGCGUUAUGAUGUGAUUGAAGCCAACUUCUACAGCGGGACUUUGGCCGACACCUAUGGGAUGGAUGCGUUGGACCUCCACUUCCAGUUCCGCUUCUCCCUGCAACAUCGUACAAAGGACGGAGUCCACUGGAACGCCAUUGCCCAUCGCAAGAUAACCUCUUUGCUGCUACAGCACUCUGCACAGGCCUGGGGUGUUAUUAUGCCACUGACUACUGUUGAGCAUACUGAGGUUACUCCUCAGAAGCCAGCCCAUGGAAAUGCUACCAAACCUGCAGGAGUGCGUCGAGUAGUGCGUGCCUUUAACUACCACCACCCUCCCAACAUCUAUUUUUCCAACAUGGGGCGACACCCAUCAAGGGGAAAUUACUACAACGGCUACAGGGGGGAGUUCUGUGGUGCUUACAUCCCUUUUGGUUACAUGAACCCACCACCACCACCUCCCCCACCAUGCUACAGACAUGUACAUGUUAGAAGUGGUUUCCAUCACAGGCCUCCCCACCACUUUGAGCCCUACAACGAGCCGCAUCAUCAUCAUCAUCCCUUCGUGAUGAGGCCCAGACAUGCCAGGCACCACUAUGCUCCGUACACCCAUCACAGACCCAGCCAAUACGGCCAUCGUGGCCGAUACUACUGAGGCAGGCAGGGAGACUUUACAAAAUUAAGAUUCAGAUCCUUUUCCUAUAUUGUACACAAGUAGUCUUUUAGUUGUUGAAUUUUCAUUUGUGUUCUUUGGCAUGAAUAAUUGAUUUUAAAUAUAUUUUCCAUAUAAAGUCUUUUUAAUUCUGCAUUUCAAAUGUGUCGCGUGCUGUGUUCUAUUAAAGUUGAUGCUAAUAUUUCAA